AUGGGUCUUCAUCGGGAAUCAAGUUAUAUGAAAUUAUCUAACCCGGCAGCCGCCCGUCGAUUAAUGUGGUUCAUUUUUGGUGCAGACAAAUUGCAGGCAGCAGCAUUUGGACGUCCUAUCUUCAUAUCAUCUCAGAGCAUUAACCUGCGCCCAUUGGAGCUUGGAGAUUUCGAGUCUCCAGACGUUAAAGCGGAGAUAUUUAUUCAAUUUACGAGCCUUAAUAAGAUCCUCGAAAAAAUUGUGGAAUUCCAGGAUCGCAAGGCCGAGGCUUCCCAUGACCAAGUGCGUACCAUCCAUUCCACGGGCUUGGGGUCAUAG